CCAGCAAGAUAAACUAAGCCAUCAAAAUGGGCAAGAAGGGCAAAGUGAACAAAUUGGCGAAGAUGUCUGAUGAGGAGAGAGCUCGGUACCUGCAGCAUCGAGCUGAUAUGGAGGAGGAAGCUCGAAGAAGGAAGCAAGAACUUAUCCACAGAUUCAUCAAGAAUAAACUCGAUAAAGAAGAAGCCUACAGUCGUCUGAACACAGCGAAAAUAAAUCAGCAAUGGCGGUUCAUACUGCGCAAGAUAAAAUGCAAACAAAUGGCGACGGAUAUACAGAACAUGCUGCUCAGCUUCAAUUUCCUGUUGGAGCGCAAGAAUCGUCUGCUCACAGCUCUGAUGAAAGCCACAAAUGACUCCGAUGAACAGCAUAGAAGAGCGUUCCAGGCACAUACUGAAAACGUCAGCUAUUUUCUGAACAUAGGAUACCAACGCCUGGAUAAAUUACAAGCUGAAUAUGACCACCAGAAGAACACUCUUCUUGAGAACUGGGACAAAGAGGAGAUGGAACUAGUAGACGGUCAAGACCGAGCCGAGUUUAAGCUGAAGCUGGUCGCAUACAUACAGGACCGAGACUUUCAGAUGUUGAAAAAGGAUAUAGAAACGCAGAGGGCUACUGAAAAGAAUGAUGCCAGACUUGAGCAUGAAGAGGAUCUGCUAAGCUUCUGCACGCCCAAGCAGUUGGUAAUCGAGAUGUACUGGACCAAACUCCGUGAGGUCUACAAGUCCUACCAGGAGGAACAUGAGCCCAUCAUGAGCCACUACCACAGCCUGCGAGAGAAGGACGACUUCUACCAGAAGGAGAUCGCUAAGAACGACUACCAGAUACAACUUGCUAGUGAAAACUUGAUGAACCUGCAACAUGAAUGGCAGAAGACGACGAGCACUAUGACAGACAAACUGACGCGCAUGGCGAGUCGUAAGGAGGAACUGACACGGAAAUAUCUUCAGAUGAAGAGGGACUCCAAGGUGGAGAGCAGCAAAAGUAGCCACGAUCUUAAUAUCAUGGUUAAUGCCAGCCAGGAUGCUAUAAAGCAUCUCGAAGAUAUGUGUGACAAAGUGAACAAAAUACUGCAGCUGGCUGAAAUCUGCAGCAAGUAUGAGCACGAGGGUGACAAGCUCACUGAUGAUGCGGAGUAUGACAUCGAAUCCGUUGACUUCGAACAUCUGGACAAAGAUAUGAUCGUAAGUAACAAAUACUACUUGGACUUACGCAAGCAUCUGACUACCUACUCUACUUUAAUAAAAAGUAUGUUGAUAGCAUGUGCCAUUUGGAACCUUUUUAUUCAUUCACAGAACGAAUGCAAAGAAUACAGCAAAAUGGACAAGUUCCUGCUCAAAGUUAACAGGGCCAAGGUCCAGACUCUUUGCUUGAAGACGGAGAAAGCCAAGUUAGCGAAGGAGAACAUUCAGUUGAAGAACUAUAUCAAGAGAUACUUGACGGACCUGGCGCUGAAGGGCAGAGAUCGGCCAUUAAGCAUGAAGAUAAGGACGGAACCGCCGAAAGUGGAUACCAAGAUCCUGAAUCGUCCAGUAACGUGCAUAGAAGGUGCACUGUCGAACGCAGUGCAGCAUGAGAAGCGUAUGCGUAACAUCGAGCGACGCAACAAGGAUAGCGACAUCAGAGCAUACCCGCGCGUGCAAUGCUGGCUGCAGUCUGCAUAAUACAGGAUCAUGCGUACUUCUUCGUGCCCUGUUCCCAAUUUGAAUGUUAAAAUAUGUUAUGUGCUUUCAAUUAUGUGCGUCAGAUAAUCUAGGUAGUCAAUUAGAUACAAGUUGAAUUUUAUUUUUGAAAAUAAUAAUCAAUCCAUAUUUUAUUAAUAAUUUAAUUUUUGAAUGCAUAACUAGACAUUAAGGGCCUUACUACAAAAACUUUAAACCCUGUUUUACACUUGUCUAAUAAAAUUUUGGCUGCAAAAUGAACCAUAUGUCAACGUCAUAAUUUGACAUUUUUUUAGACAAGGCAUAACCUGACGUUUAAAAGUUUUUGUGGUAAGACGGUAUGUAUUCAGAAGCCUGUCAUUCUGUGUAUAAUAGGUUUAUUUAAGCCAAAAUAUGUGUCAAUAAAAGUUGUCAAUUAUUAAAUCUAAUA